AUGUCGCAGCCCUCGCCAGCGCCCGGUCUCACGCCACAAUUCUGCUUCAACCAGACUGCUCUGCGAGCAGACUUCCUACGGAUAUCACGAUCUACAAUAGACGACUCGAUUACGCAGAACUUGAACGCCCUCCUCACACCAGCCCAACGCGGCUUCGAUCCCAACUCGACUUCGGCACGCCAGCUUAGCGGGCCUGAACGCUCCAUUCCGCCGGCGCAUUGCGAUGAGUUCAAGCAGCGCGUGCUGUUCCCCAGCUGGGCGGUGCGGUCAGAUGUGUUGGACUAUUGCGCGGGCGUGGCGACGAGCCCGGACCCAGACGACCCGGAUAGUGUGCUGAGGCAGAUCGAGGAUAGCAAGGCGAGGGAGCGGGUCGUGGACGAGAGACUAGACCCUUACUCGGGGCGGUACUUCGCCCGGGAGGCGAGGACGGACAGUCUGGCUAUGCUAAUGCGGAAUGAGAGGGCGGUGGAGAAGAUCAUCAGGAUGAGGACGUGGGGAUUGAUUGCAGAGAGGUGUGGGGGCGAGCAUGCUGAAGCGGACCAGGCGUUCGAAGCGUGGAGGAAGACGCAGUGA